CCCUUGGCCUGAGAGAAUGGCGGCAGUGCGUGAUUGCCGCUGGCUCUUCCCGCGCCAUGGCAUCGGACUCUGCUGUCCCUCCCACUACCUCCUCCUCCUCCUCCUCCUCCUUGCUCUCGCUCCUAGCCACGUCUCCUCUCAAGGAACUGUAACCAUCAACCAUUGGUACUUGGAAGUGCCGACAGUUGUCCAACAUACAGUUGUGGGUACCGAGUUUUCAACGGAAGUGACAUGCUCAUCAAGAGACACCAGCAUGCUCCCUCUAUUUCAAGUCCAGGGUCUUCCUCAAGGGAACCUCUCACUCACCAUGAACAGCACCAUGAUGCCGCGAGGGGUUCAAGUUGUGUAUAACUUCAGGUACAUGCCCGUAAGGGGAGACGAGGGUCACACCUUCAACUGGGUCUUCUCCUGUGGGGAUCAGGAUCAAAUCCUCCCACCGCUAACCAGCACCUUGAGCUUGAAGAUCGAGCUCUGCGCCUACACCGUUGUGCCCAUGGACACCUUGACAACCCUCACACGAAGGUAUCAGCUGAGCACCAACUGGCUCAACCUGUGGAAUGCAAACCCAACUCGCGUGCCAGAUCCCGACAUGAACCUCGCCGUGGGCGACAUCAUCAAGGUCGGGCCUGUCUACCACACCAUGGCCGGGGAGACGCUCGCCUCCAUCGCAGGAAAGUUCUCCACUACAGUGAAGCAGCUCCUCAACGUCAACCCCCAGCUGUCUGUGCAGACACCAGACGUUGAGCUUGCAACCGGAACGGAGAUGUGCGUGAUGGCCUGCACUAGCCUGCCCAACCCAUGGAUGGUGUACAAGUGGGCUUAUUGAUUCGUUUGAUGCG